AUGACUCGAGACGACCAACCUAAUCGUUGCAUCGUUUUCGAUAUUGGUGGAACGAGCGUUCGUGCGGCCAAUUACGAUCCGCAGACUCGCACGAUCGGGGACAUCCUUCACCACGACACGCCGAACCAUCACAUAAUGCCCGGCUGUUCGCUUGAUGAACGCAGCCAGCAUCUAUACACGGCGAUGGAGAAACUGGUUGAUUCGCUUUGUGGGGACACUCCUCCGCAGAGCAUCGGCUGCGCGUUUCCCGGCCCGAUUGAUCCCGAUGGCAAUGUCCUUUCGGUCCCUACGGUGUUUGGCGGUGAAUCGACCAAGCCCCGCCCGGUGGGCCGAGAAUUGGCCUCGCGGUGGCCCACAGCCCACAUCGAGUUGCUUAACGACGUUACCGCCGCAGGCUACUACUACCUGAACAGUCCAACGGAAAGCUUCUGCAUCACCACCGUAAGCUCCGGCGUGGGUAAUAAGGUUUUCAUCAACGGCGAACCUGUCGUUGGCCCUAUGGGUCGUGGAGGCGAGAUCGGUCACGUCGUGGUCGAUCCCUCUCCGAAUGCUCCGCCUUGUGAUUGCGGAGGCCGCGGCCACCUGGGAGGAAUAGCCUCGGGCCGCGGCACCCUCGCCUCUGUGGUUCGCGCAGCACAAUCCGACCCAUCAGGAUUCAAGCGCUCGGUUCUUUUUGAAUCUGUGGAAGGGAUGAUAGACAGCAUCACCAACGAGCACAUCGCUUCAGCCUAUCGUGCUGAAGACGAGUGGGUCUCAUCCCAGGUGCAAUGUGCGGCCGAACCUUUGGCUCGCGUUUUGGCCACCAUUCAUAAUGCCAUCGGCAUCGAGCGAUUCGUAAUGAUGGGCGGCUUUGCCCUGGCCUUGGGAGAACGCUAUGUCACUCUGUUGGCUGAAUUGUGCGAGACAAACUGCUGGAACUUAGGGCAAGACUGGAAUCAGAUGCUGGAGUUGGGCACGGCGGGCGAUCGCGCCGGGCUCAUCGGCGUCGACUCGUUGGUCGCCGAUAUCCGAGAGAUGCUGCUUGAAGGCCGCUACAUUCUUUCGAAAGAAGUUGCCUCGUUCGAGAACGAUUUCGCUGAGUACACCGGGGUUCCGUAUGCCUGCGGGGUCAAUAGCGGAACCGAUGCCCUGAUUCUCGCACUCGCGGCGCUCGGCAUUGGCCAGGGCGAUGAGGUGAUUACGGCCGCCAACACAUUCCACGCCACCGUGGCCGCGAUCUGCUUGGUUGGGGCGACUCCAGUGCUGGUCGAUGCAGAUGCCGAAUCCUUCCUGCUGGACGCAGAUCAACUCGAAGCUGCACUCACAGCUCGCACAAAAGCGAUCUUGCCAGUUCAUCUCUAUGGCAAACCGUGUCGGAUGGACGCGAUUAUGCCGAUCGCUGAGUCGGCAGGUGUUGAGGUCGUCGAGGAUGCAGCCCAAGCGCAUGGAGCAACCUUUGGUGGUAAGCGCGUGGGUAGCUUUGGUCGGUUGGCUUGCUUUAGCUUUCACCCCAGCAAAAAUCUGGCCGCUGCUGGCGAUGCCGGGAUGGUGGUGACUGGUGACGAGCAGUGCGAUACUUUUUUGCGAACAGCCCGGUCACUGGGUCAACGCGGGCAAAACGAACACGUGUUAAUCGGCGGCAACUCAAAACUCGAUACCAUACAAGCCCGGGUGCUUUCCGAAAAGCUGCCACAUCUCGACGCAUGGAAUGAGAAACGUCGGCAAGUCGCUGCUGCGUAUCGGGAGCGGCUUCAGGACCUUCCGCUGACGUUCCAAUGUGAGCACCCCGAUGAGCAGCACGUUUACCACCUCUUUCAAAUUCGCUGUGACCGGCGAGAUGCGCUAUUAAAUCACUUGCAAUCUAAUCAGAUUGAUGCGGUCACGCGUUAUCCGCAGCCGAUUCACCUCCAACCGGCGUUUGCCGGUCGUUGGCAGGAAGGGCAGUUCCCCGUUGCAGAGGCGCUGUGUAGCGAACUUCUGGCACUGCCAAUACGCCCUGACAUGUCGGUCGAUGAAAUCGACUAUGUGGGCGACACCAUUCGAGCAUUCUUCGCCGGAGGGUGA